AAUACCGUCACGAAAAAUUAUGCGGCUAUUUACAACAACUCGCGAAAAAAGAGUAUAAAACUAGGCAAACAAGCAUGCUUAUUCAGUUGCCACCAAGAAAAGCUACUGGAAAUAACUACCUUGAAGAUAGCAGAAGAAGUUCAGAAUUUGAGCGAAUACUGUUUCGGAUUAAUUCACGAUGGGUUUAUUACUGUCAAAAGUGAUCACUCUGUUUUCGGAGUUCGGUAACCGUCAGGUUCGGAUCGUUAUGUUGGGACUAGAUGCAGCGGGUAAAACGACAAUCCUGUACAAACUAAAACUAAAGGAAACAGUCAGUACUAUUCCGACUAUCGGCUUCAACGUGGAGACAUUGCAGCCAACCAAGAACGUGACUCUCACCAUCUGGGAUGUCGGCGGCCAGGACAAGAUUCGCCCUCUCUGGCGACACUACUUCCAAGGAACAGAGGGGCUCUUAUUCGUCGUGGAUAGCUCGGAUGUACUUCGGAUGCCGGAAGCUAAAGAGGAGCUACACGGUGUUUUGGACUCGGACGAGUUUCGUGAUGUUCCCGUUGUUGUGGUAGCGAACAAACAAGAUUUGCCGAAUGCGCUGAAAGCAGGCGAAAUGGCCAAGCAUCUGGGGCUACUACAGCACAAGAGAAACCCCUGGCAUGUACAGGAAGCGUGCGCGACAAAUGGAGACGGCUUAUACGAGGCCAUGGACCAUAUGGUCAGGAUGGUCAAGGAUUUUCACAAGAGAACUUCCUAAACAUGGAAGACGAACAAAUGGAAGAAAAACGGCAUUAAUUUUAGUUUCUUGGUUGUCCUAUGUCAAAAGGAGGUAGAAAUGAACUCUAGAAAGGACUUGUCUCUUGUCUCUGGCAGUAAAAAGUCUUAGCUGUCGUAUGUAGAAAAUGAACUCUAGAAAUGAACUCUAGAAAAGACUUGCUUAUUGCUGAUUAAAUUACGAAUAAAUAAUGAACUGAC